AUGUACGCCUUUGUGCGGUUCCUGGAGGACAACGUCUGCUACGCGCUGCCCGUGUCGUGCGUGCGCGACUUCAGCCCCCGCUCGCGGCUGGAUUUUGACAACCAGAAGGUGUACGCCGUGUACCGGGGCCCGGAAGAACUGGGCGCCGGGCCCGAGAGCCCCCCGCGCGCCCCCCGCGACUGGGGCGCGCUGCUGCUCCACAAGGCCCAGAUCUUGGCGCUGGCAGAAGACAAAUCUGACCUUGAAAACAGUGUGAUGCAGAAGAAAAUAAAAAUCCCCAAACUUUCUCUCAAUCAUGUCGAAGAAGAUGGGGAAGUUAAAGAUUAUGGGGAAGAUUUACAGCUUAGACACAUCAAGAGACCCGAGGGCCGGAAGCCGAGUGAAGUGGCUCACAAGAGCAUCGAGGCAGUGGUGGCCCGGCUGGAGAAGCAGAACGGCCUGAGCCUGGGCCACGGCACAUGUCCGGAAGAGGUCUUCGUGGAGGCCUCACCGGGCCCAGAGGACAUGGACAGUCUGGAGGACGCCGGCGUGCCCCGGGCUCUGUAUGAGGAGCUGCUGCGCAACUACCAGCAGCAGCAGGACGAGAUGCGCCACCUCCAGCAGGAGCUGGAGCGGACUCGCAGGCAGCUGGUUCCUGCAGGACGUGCUGCUCCUGAGGCUGGGCAGCGCGUUCAUUUCUCUGGGGCAAUGGGGAGGGGGCUGAGGGACAACUCCAGGCUGUCCCAUUGCUCCUGCUCGGGGAGCCGGGACAUGCAGGAGUCGCUGGGCUUCUCUUCGUUGCCAGAACGGGACUGUGCUUCCCACUUGAAACAGGGCUUUGCCUUGCUGGUCGUGGGCUUCGGUCCCGCCAUUGACUUGGAAAAAGUAAAGUCAGAAUGUCUCGAGCCCGAGCCGGAGUUACGGAGCACUUUCAGUGAGGAAGCAAAUACGUCGUCCUAUUACCCCGCUCCUGCACCUGUCAUGGACAAGUAUAUCCUAGACAAUGGCAAGGUCCAUCUGGGAAGCGGGAUUUGGGUUGAUGAGGAGAAAUGGCACCAGCUACAAGUAACCCAAGGAGAUUCCAAGUACACAAAGAACUUGGCAGUCAUGAUUUGGGGAACAGAUGUUCUGAAGAACAGAAGCGUCACAGGAGUUGCCACAAAAAAAAAGAAAGAUGCAGUCCCUAAGCCACCCCUCUCGCCUCACAAACUAAGCAUCGUCAGAGAGUGUUUGUACGACAGAAUAGCACAAGAAACUGUGGAUGAAACUGAAAUUGCACAGAGACUCUCCAAAGUCAACAAGUACAUCUGUGAAAAAAUCAUGGAUAUCAAUAAAUCCUGUAAAAAUGAAGAACGAAGGGAAGCAAAAUAUAAUUUGCAAUAA